UUGGAUGCUGCUGCUGCUGCUGUUGUCGUCAUGAGCUCAUAAUCGAAUUUGCUCUCAAUACACCACCGACAACCUUUGACAUGCCUGUGAGUCGCGAACUCAAGAACAAGAAGAACGACCACAAGGACCGCCACUCGAGAGGUCGCGCUGGCUCGGGCGCAGAACCCAAAAAAGGCGGCGCCGGUGGCCACAACUGGGGAAGCGUCCUGGGAACUUCCGAAGCCGACGCCCCUGGUGCGUUGGACCGAGGCGAUCCCAACUACGACAGCUCGGAUGAUGGCAAGCUGCACGCAUAGACUGACUACGCGGAAGCGCUCCGACACACUAACCUAUGAUACACUACUUUGACUAGUAGUUGUGUUUGUAUUGCUUUUGAAUGGUUUUUACCAGAAGUAACAGAAGGCCAUCCACCACACGAUUGCGACCUCGAUACAUGCUGUGACGUUCUCUCUACAGAAAGGUCUUGCCAGACAUAUAGCUGCGGCAGAUUGCUCGCACAAUUGAAUCAUUCCAAUGGCCACCAGUAUUCGCUACGUCAGUGUGGAAUCAUUCAAUUCGGAUGCAUACAAUGAUCGUUCUUCAUAAAUACUAC